CCUGGAUGUGGAGACGCUCUGAGCAGCGUGGCUGACUGUGUUUGCGCUGCGCGCUCAUUUACUGAUUCAGUAUGGGGCGUUUCCUGCUACUCUUCAUGGGGCUGCUUGGUUUCCAGCAACUUGAACAGGAGAAACAAAGAACACAAACGGAAUCUCUAUAGUGAUACAUUUAUUCUGCUAUGAGUUUAUAAACGCCUUACCAGUCGGGGAGGAUUAAGGGAAGCAGUCACGGAGGCGUCUGCAAACAGGUGUUUCCACCCACUGAGUUUCAUUCAGCAGACCGGUUACUAUGCAGGAAAGCUGCUCUAAUUGUAACAGGAUGGACACUUAAUGACAGUGUUCUUUUUUUUUUUUUUCUUGAGUUAGAAAAAUUAGAAAAACAUGCAACGCGGUUUAAUUAAAGCAUUUUUUAUAUAUAUCUUCUUGUGGACAGUCGAAUUUCCAUGCGUCAAACUUCACUUUUUUCCGGACAAUUCCUGAAUAAAGCCUGGAUCAGUAGAACAUGAUCCCUUAGGGGGUCAUUUCAGCAAGCUGGUUUAUUUCCCCCUCGGGGACUAUUCCAUUUCAUUUUCGGUGCACUUUGAAAAAUCUUCACCUCUGGCAUCGUGCUAGUUGCCUCAGAUUGUCUUUUGUCGCUGCGCUUGGACGUUUUCUUGUCAGUGUCAGAAACCACUUUUGCGGAUCAAUCCACUUUUUUUCCUCUGGAAGUUUUCUUCCCCAGACCGCUGCCAAACUGGCUAUGGCAGCGGCUAUCGCCAGCUCCCUCAUCAGGCAGAAGAGGCAGGCGAGGGAGCGGGAGAAGUCUAAUGCCUGCCGCUGCGUAAGCAGCCCCAACAAAACCAAGGGAAGCUGUGAGAAACCCAACCGACUCAAUGUCUUCUCACGUGUCAAACUCUUUGGCUCUAAGAAGAGACGCAGGAGGCGACCAGAGCCCCAGCUAAAGGGGAUUGUUACGAAGCUGUACAGUCGACAAGGCUUCCACCUGCAGCUGCAGGCAGAUGGAACCAUUGAUGGAACAAAAGAGGAGGACAGUGGUUACACCAUGUUCAACCUCAUUCCAGUGGGACUGCGAGUGGUGGCCAUCCAAGGGGUUCAGACCAAGCUCUAUUUGGCGAUGAAUAGCGAAGGCUUCCUUUACACAUCGGAACACUUUACAGCAGAAUGCAAAUUUAAGGAGUCGGUGUUUGAGAACUACUAUGUGACAUACUCCUCCAUGAUCUACCGACAGCAGCAGUCAGGCAGAGGCUGGUACCUCGGUCUGAACAAAGAAGGAGAAAUCAUGAAGGGGAACCAUGUCAAAAAGAACAAGCCAGCAGCCCACUUCCUUCCCAAACCUCUGAAAGUGGCAAUGUACAGGGAGCCAUCUCUUCAUGACUUGACAGAGUUCUCACGUUCUGGCAGUGGCACACCCACCAAGAGUCGGAGUGCAUCAGCAGUGCUCAACGGAGGCAAAGCCGUGAGCCAGAACGAGUCAACGUAGCGCGGUAGCCAAGCCCAGGCCUGGGCUCAAACCAUGAAACCUUACCUCUCACAGAGCGGGAAUCUAAGCAGACUCCGAUCAACGUUCAGGACUAGCUACGACAAUAAUCCACACAUUGAAACACCCAGAUUUCAUCAGUAAAAUGUAUUCAUCAAGGCAGCAUCUAGAAUAAGAAACAUAACCUCAUAAAAAUCACUCUUAACAUAACCAAGAUUAUUUUUUGCUAAAUGUUUAUGUAUAAUUUUUGCCACAUUCUUUUUACAGAUGAGUUUCUUCAUUCUUAUUUAUGAUGUUUUACGAUCACUUAUUUAGGUCAUGCAAACACCAGUUACUUGUGCAUAUGUCAAACAGGGAAAACAAGUCUGAUAUGCAGGUGUUCAGGGCAGCCAGUAAUGGUUCUUGUCCAUAAAGGCUGCAGUGGGACAACGAAAGCCCUGAUCACUAUCUCACCCAUGCUUCUGUGAAUACAAAGCCUAUAGACUCCCUGGCAUGGCUCAGCCUCGUCCUCCUGGCCAGCCGGACGGUAGCUAUCCUACGUCCUAAUGCACACGCUCAGAGACUGAGCUCCUUAGCAUGGGGAAAUGAAGCCUAUGUUUAACUGACCUGAAAUAUAAGAUGUAGUGUGGCUCUCUCUCUGUUUGUUUAUUUGUUCAUUUUACCUUUUCUGUCUGAGAGAUGUGCCACAGCUACAAUUUUUGCUGACUAAUUUUCUGAAUUAGCAGAGAGAUUUUCUUAUUGUGAACAGUUUUUUUGUCAGAAUCUCCUCUUGUUUUGUGCCCAUGUCAUUGUUUUGCAUUUUGCUUAGUUGUUUGGAUGGGUUUCAUUAAACCAAAGACAGAUUGAAAGAGUGUCCCUUUAAGCUGCUAAAAUAAAAAAUGAAAAAAAAAAACAAGCCAACAUAUAGUACAGAUAAAGAUGGAUGUUUCUGUUUUCAUUGUACAUUUUUGAGGAAAUGGAGCAAAGCUUAAUGAGAGAAAAAGAAUAACUUGUUGGCAACCUGGCUUAUUGUUCUGCUUUUUGCUGAUUUGCCCAGUAAUGGAAGAAUGGGUCGACUAUGUAGUUUCUCCAUUCCCUUAUGUUACCACUGUAUCACACUGUCUUUUGCUCUUGUCCUCGUGAUUUGUUUCUUCUCUUUGUGCUUGUGUCAUACUUAAACUCCUCCCAGCCAUCCUUUUUUCUUCAGUUCUACUGACUGAAUAAUGUCAUCAAAGGAGCAUGGUGGAUGCCCCCACCCCAUCCCAACUAUCCAGGAUGCUUGUUAUGUGUUUGAGUAACUUAUUGUUGUGAUAUUUUCUAUUUCAAAAAAGGAAUACUGUGGACUUUUAGGUGGCUUAACAUUUUAUAGGAAACAUUAAAUUUAUAAAAAUGAAAAGCAAACAAAAAAGUACAAAUACAAACUUCUUCCCUUUCUUGCACAGGGCAUGUACACCAAUAUGUACAAAAAGGACCCUUUUUGUGGGCUAUGUACUCUUUCCUUCGGCUAAAUAACUUAUUUCUAGAACAUACUUUUGGGAGACUUUUUCUUGAUUCCUUCUGGAGGUGGUUUGUAUUAGGUGAAUCUAUCUGUUGCAUGGGAGAAAGCAGGGAAAUGCUGGUCUAGAGCUGCAUGAUGUAGGCUAUGUGUAUUAACCCAUGUUGGAUCAUGUGUUUCAAACUACCAGGCUAAAUCUGAUAAAACAGCAUACACAGACAGGCACUGCGGCUGUCUGAUAACUUCCAGUUGUUUAUUAUUUGUUGUAUACACAAAAAUGCACUGAAUAAAAUGUUUAUAUUAAGAUAUGCUUUUAAAA